AUGUCUUGGUAUGCUGAGAGUUGGGGUAUUCCUAUUAAAACUGAUGAUUCAGGUGUUGUGGUUUUAGAUUAUGAUCGUGAUGAUAAGGUUUUAACAGGGAACUCUGAUGUAUCGACUGAUAAACUUGAAACACCUGUUUCAAGUAACUCAGAGAUCAAUUCUGAUGACUCAGGCAACUGUUCUGGUGUGCCUGAAACAUCAAAUGAUGCAUCAGAAACGUAUGAUAAAGAUAAAAAACUUGAUGUUUUUGAUUGUGAUAAUGAAGAAAUUGAUAAACAAGGGUCAUUUGAUGAACCUGACAAUCAAAUAGAUGAGUCAGGAACAUCAGAUAAUGAGCAUAACUCUUCCCAAGAUUCUGAUUGUGAUGAACAAUUAGAAUCUCGCAGCGUUGCAACUGAAGAGAGUCAAAUAGUUUCAGACGAAGACAACUCAUCAUCUGACAAGCCAGAAUCGUUUGAUGUCAAGGACUCAGAGGUUGAUGAAUCUGAAGAAGAGAUAUCCGUAGAAUCCAAUUCUGAAGAAACUCAUGAGAUAUCGAAACUUGAAGAGAAGGAAUCCAUGGAAAUCAAUUCAACAGUUGAAUCACCUGAUGAAACUGAAGAGGAAAUUUUUGUGGAAGCCUUCUCUGCUGAAACUCCUGAGAACAUAGUUUCUGAGGAAAGGGAAUCUGUGGAGGUCAAUUUGACAGAUAAUUCAACUCUUAACCCCAAAUGA